AUGCUUUCAUCCAAUUUUGUCAGGCUUGCAUGCCUUCUCUCAAUAGUUGGAGGGGCAAUUUCUCGACCGCAACCUGUACCUCAAGCGGAAUCAGAAGAGGUGAAUUAUAUAUUCAAGUCUACUCCACCGAGCUUGUCGGGCUCACUCUCCAACUCUUUAGCGGCCCACCCACACCCUCCGGCUAACACCGCAGCGCCACCACCUCCUCUCGAUAGCCCAGCUCCACCCCCAGCCGAAGAUGACAAGCCUCCGUCCCCACCAGGUGCCGAACCUGGACAACCAGGAGCAAAAAAGAAGCCGGGUAAGGAUGCGAAGCCUGCGGGUCCACCGCGUGCCCCAGAUGCCAAGCCUGACGGUCCACCAGGCGCCAACCCGGACGGUCCAGGAAUGGAUGCUGGGCCACCACCUUCUCUUGACCCCCAGGCACCAGAACCAGCCCCAGGCCCCGGGGCUCCUCCCCCACCUGGACCAAUGACUCCUGGCAAAAACGCUGGCUUACCGCCCCCUCCGGACGCCCCAGGACCCCCGGGUAAGAACGCCGGUCCCCCUGGAAAGAAUGCUGGUGGACCUGGAAAGAAUGCCGGCGGACCCGGGAAGAAUGCAGGUGGACCCGGAAAGGAUGCUGGUCCACCCGGAAAGGAUGCUGGUCCACCUGGAAAGGAUGCUGGUCCACCCGGAAAGGAUGCUGGUCCACCUGGAAAGGAGGCCGGUCCACCCGGAAAGGAGGCCGGUCCACCCGGAAAGAACGUCGGUCCAGACGGCCCACCUCCACCGAAUCCGGAGACGAACCCACCUUCUCCGGCGAAGGACGACCCAGCUAACAAAAAGCCGGGACCUAAGAAGCCCGAUGGAUCUCGACCUCCUCCUGAUGGCGGAAAGAAGAAGGGAGAUGACCAGGGUACUGGUGACAGAUCUUCAGCUUCGGAGCUCUCAGGCUCGGUCCUUACCCCUGGAUUCUCCCUCCUUUUGGCUGGGAUAGUGUCUCUUCUUGCUUAGAUUUUUCCUUAUUUAUUGGCCCUUGUGUUUGGAUUAAAUAGCUGUCGGUUGUGGAUGAAAUGUGUCUUACUUUUUUUUUAAACAAAAUAAUUAAUCUCUUGCAAUUAAUUUCCAUAAAACUACAA